GGGAAGGGUGAGAUAUUGUGUUAUAUAUAUGUGUAGUUUCACUCAACGCCACAGUGUAUUUCUUCAUACCCAACACUUCCACUUCUAUACUCCUUCAGUCUUUGACAAGUAGGUUUGUUCUCUAUCUCUCUUGGAAGCUUAGUCUCUAGCUUGGUAACAGAACGUAGUAAUGGCUGGACAACUUGGAGUGCUGAAUGCACUUGAUGUGGCCAAGACACAAUGGUACCACUUCACUGCAAUUGUUAUAGCUGGAAUGGGUUUCUUCACUGAUGCCUAUGAUCUUUUCUGCAUUUCCCUUGUCACCAAGCUUUUGGGGAGGAUAUAUUACACACAGCCAGGUGCAGCAAAGCCAGGAACUCUUCCUCCAAGAGUUCAAUCUUCUGUGACAGGUGUGGCACUAUGUGGCACAUUAGCUGGCCAACUAUUCUUUGGUUGGCUUGGUGACAAAAUGGGAAGGAAAAAGGUCUAUGGCUUAACUCUUGUCCUCAUGGUAGUGUGCUCCAUUGCCUCAGGGCUCUCCUUUGGAUCAACUCCAAAGGGUGUCAUGGCAACACUUUGUUUCUUCAGGUUCUGGCUAGGGUUUGGGAUCGGUGGUGACUACCCUCUUUCUGCCACAAUCAUGUCUGAAUACGCCAACAAGAAGACUCGUGGGGCGUUCAUAGCAGCAGUGUUUGCCAUGCAAGGAUUUGGAAUCUUGGCUGGUGGAGUAGUUGCCUUGGUUGUUUCAUAUGCAUAUGACCAAAAGUACAAGGUUCCUACUUAUGAACAAGAUCCAGAAGCAUCCUUGGUGCCUGCAUUUGACUAUGUUUGGAGAAUAGUUUUGAUGUGUGGUGCAGUACCAGCAGCACUCACCUACUACUGGCGCAUGAAAAUGCCAGAGACUGCACGUUACACAGCCCUUGUGGCCAAGAAUGCAAAACAAGCUGCUGCAGACAUGUCCAAGGUGUUACAAGUGGAACUUGAAGCUGAAGAGGAAAAGGUGAAGGAAUUAACAGAGAAUGAGGGCAACAAGUAUGGUUUGUUCAGCAAGGAGUUUGUGAAACGCCAUGGUUUGCAUUUGGUUGGAACCACCACCACUUGGUUCCUUUUGGUUUUAUUUUGUCCAUCUAAUAUGCUAUCAAACUAA